AUGCCACCACAAACUCAGAAGCAAAAGCACAAAACAUUGACAAUUAAAGAAAAAUGUGAUAUUUUAGACCGCUUAAAUCGCAAUGAAACUUUCAGUAGUUUAGCAAGUGAAUACGGUGUAGGACGAUCUACAAUUUAUUUUAUUAAAAGAAACCACGAGAAGAUCAAAAGGUUCGUGUCAACUACUGACUGCGGGCCAGGCAAGAGACAGACGCUCAAGAAAGCUGAACAUCCAGAAGUGGAAGAAUCUUUGUACAUGUGGUUUCUUCAGGAAAGAAAUAGGCAUGCAGCAAUUUUAGGACCUAUAUUCAAUUUGAUACUCGAAAUCGCAGAAGCUGUUCCACGGAUUGGAUGUUAUCGAACCCGUUCCAGUGAUUCACCGACCCAAAAGGAGCGUAGAGUUAUACAUGGGGCGGCUAAAUCGGCAAUGCACGCCUGCGUUCAAACAAAUAGCGGCGAGCCUGCUCAGUACUAG